UAUCCCUUCUUGAAAUAGUAUAACUUGCGAGUACAUAUGUGAACGCACCGUACUUUGUCUUGCUCUUGAAUUUCUGGAAACAAAGGAUCAAAAUGAAUUGAGUGACUUCCAGCAUGACCAAAAUAUGAUGGUACAAUCUCGAUGUGAAAGACAUCACAGGAAUGCUUGCGAUCAUGAAAAAAAACUUGCUCAUUCGCCUGUCAGGCACAGUAUGGAUCCCUACCCCUGGUUUUGUUGGUUUUCCAGAAAAAGCAACAAAGUCACAGCAAUACGACUCAAAACCAACAAUGGCCAAAAUACGUGUCCGCGGAGCUGGGAAUGGAAGGCGUCUUAACUGUCCGAGAAACAAACCGGAUUCGUUCUGGUAAUGCGACUAUGUUGGUUCUAAAUUGCAAGACAUGUCGCAAGUAGAUGUUGCCACAUAAUUCUCGGAGGUAGAUCAGUCAGCCAUUAUCAAGAUAAUAAGAGCCCUGACGGCAGUUGUUACAACGGGAAAGAAGCACAGCCCUCGGAGAGGUCUCAGGCCCAAACGUCUCUCCUCUCUCCAUAUCUCACUCUGAACCACCUUGGUGGCGUCCACAUUAUUUGACUCGCGUCAGGGACGCGGCCCAAGAGUCAAGGAAUGGCCAUGGCUGCCUUUCUUGGAACUCUGAAGUGAGUCGAGGAGUUAGCUGUUGGUGAACCGGAUGUUCCGUUUUUGUAUCUGCGGGCCGGAGCGCUUUUGGUAUUUUUAUUCCGAAGCGAAGUGGGAUCUUUGUCUGUCCGCAGUUGGGAUUGGUUGGGUUGGACCGCCGUGUAUUCUUUGCAGGUGUUGGUCGGGACUAUGAUUCGCUUGGGCCAGACUCGUCUGUUCUUUCUGUCCAGGUUUCCAGAGCAUCUGGAGACAUGGAGAGGGGCUGGACUGGAUAUUGGACGACUACUGGGAUAAGAUGAAAACAUGCCAUUCCAUACCUCAUGGUUCAGGGAUACGAAAACGUGGGGCAGUCGUGGCCCAGAUGAUGGUCCGUGACUGAAUGUCUCCAUAUGAUAAGGACGGCCCACUGGAGAUUUCCUGGAGUUUUGUGAAAGUUGUACAAAUUAAUUAUUGGAGAGGUGGUGUCAAGUUUGGUAAUGUGGAGGGAUAUGUGGCCUGCUGUUCGUCAGAGGGGCAAAUGCCGGUGUAUCUGCCUGUAAAGGAGGGUUACACUGAGCUUGGAUAUCCGGCUUGUCCAAUUGUUGGAAGACUAGUGAAAACGGUGUUGCAUUUCCGUCCGAAAUCAAUAACCUUUGUUCCAAGGAGAUUCUUGAAUCUUGAGAGUACUGUAUUAUUUGCAUAACUCUAACAACCCUGAGAAACAAUCCGAAUACCGAGGCAGUAAGCUUCAAAAGGAAAGACAACUUGGGGCUCCAGGAGUUGAGUGAGGGAUUGCACGGACGACGACGAAUGGAAUGUGCUCCGCUACGUGGAUACUUCGGUGACAGGCCCUUAACCGUGAUCUUGGUCCGUUUGCUGGAAUCGAUCCACCGUCUUCAGGACGCAGGACUGGCCGGUUGGAACCCUUGCUCUCAACCCGCAUGAUUUCCUGGCGGGAUGUCUCACUGACGAACGGCACAGUACAGUAGUGACAUCUGGAACCUCGUCGUUGCGACGGAUCGGUCAUAUCUCGCACAAAGCUUUGUCGCUCGUGUUAUUGAUGCCACGAGGACUGUUGGUUAUCCCUCGUGGAUGUUUUACUUCCUCUGAGCGCUGCCAAAUGGAAGACAUGUUGGUUGGCGUGAGCUUUAUGUUGAGGUACAGAAAUACCUGUGGCAGCCGGAGAGGAAAUGGAACAUUGCUGGAGAAGGCCCGAUAUUCCGAGCGUGCCUGCGUGCCCCCCAGGAAAUCUCGAUUGUUAUUACUGCUUUAAGGUUUGCAUCCGAAGAAAGCGAGACGCCCGCCACGCCAUGUGCGGCCGCAGACGCUCUUCAGACUUCAGACUUCAGACUUCAGGCUUCAGACUUCAGGCGCCUGAGAGCCUGUGAGCCUGUGAGCCUGUGAGAGCCUGAGAGGCCGUCUGGCUCCUGCUGUCAACUUGUCAAGGGCAGCCGGUACCAGGUGGGGAAGUUGAAGUGGACAGCUACUAGGUUUCCAUUAUUACAGUAUUGGUGCUAGGUAAAUUUACUAGGUAAAUUUAGUGCAUCAAUUAGGUAGGUUCCCCUUCCGUGGUACGGGAAUAACAUCUUGGGACUUGCGACUUGCGACUUGGGACUUGGGUUUUCCUGCUCACUUGGCUGUUUAUCCGCCGGUGCCAGCCAGUUUCGUUAACCCGCUCUCCGCCCUUGCCCUUGCCCUUGCCUUUUGCCUUCUGCCUUCUGCCUUCUGCCUUCUGCCUUCCUCGCCUUUGAACGUGCUUUCCCUUGCUUGGUCUGGUUUGGUCUGGUCUACGAGUACUGGCCUGUGUGCACAGCUACCCUUCUUACCCGUACAGACUACGGAGCCCUAAUAUCAAGGCGUGGCCCGUGAAAUCUUCAAAUCCCGUCCCCUCUUCCUUCCCCUCUCUUCCCAAUUAUAAUCCCAUCCCAUCCACCUUUAAUCCACUGUCAAACUUCCGGCGCCAAUCCCAGCAGCACCGCGACACAGGAUGCCCCAGCUGGCCGGAAACUUUCUUUCUGUCAAUCAGCCAUCACUCAGCACUACCACCGCUACAUAGAGUCGAGGAUAUCCCGGUCCCGUCCCUUUGGUACGACGUCCAGCGCAUCAAUAUUAUCGAGCAUAUCAACCCGACAGACUGUCACUGGUACGAAGGAAUUGCUCACCGACAACUCGGAAUUAGUGUAUUGGUAUCAGAAGGAUACUUUUGGAAUAAGGUCUGCGAAUUGAUGGACCGAUAAAGUCGACUAUUGAUCCACAUCCAAAGCCAUAAACUCCACAAUUACAAUCGCGAUAUAUCAGUCGCAAUGAGCACAUCAGCAAAGGAUGGGCCUGCGGUCCCGGCUGAGGAGAAGAAGGGCGGACUGAGCAAGAUGGUAUCGAGGAUGAAGACCGUUUUGAAGAGAAGUGAUGGCUCCAAGCGAUUGUCGUUUUCUGGAAAAUCGACUCCGACCACAGCAACUGCUGGACCAAGUGUCUCUAAAUCGGCCGAGCCAACACCUGUUGUUGCACCGGAACCAGUCGCUGAACCAGUCCAAGCCACUUCCACCACUGAUGGAAAUCAACCCACCAAGAUAAUGCGAUCUCAGGUCGAGGCCGACAGAGCUAAGAAGCUGGCGGAGCGAUUUGCAGUCACCAUCGACCCAGUGUACAAUGGACCAGACAGGGAGAUCUCUCGCAUUGAGAAGCCCAUCCGGAUGCGCAUACACAGGUCUUGCCACAGAUGCAAUGCUACCUUCCGAGGAGCCAAAAUAUGCGCCCAGUGCGAGCACGUCCGAUGCAAGGCGUGUCCAAGAUACCCAUUGAAGAAGGCGGAGAAGAAAGAGAAAGAACCAGUUGUGGCAACUGUGAUUGGAAUUGAACCAGACACGUACUGGGGAGUGCGUCAACAGGUCUUAUUGACGAAGCCAAGUCCAAGACCAGGUGCUCAGCCACUGGUUAGAAAGUCGCCUAGACAGAGAGUCCGCCGGACCUGUCAUGAGUGCAACACUCUCUUUGCUAGAGGAACCAAGAUAUGUAGCAGUUGUGAUCAUAUCCGUUGUGUUGAAUGUCCCCGAGACCCAGCCAAGAAAAAGUCAUAUCCCGAUGGCUACCCUGGGGACGCAUUCUCAAGCAACACCGCCAUCCCAGUCAAAUACUCCUGCCACAAAUGCCACAAGGUCUUUCCACCCGUGCCUCACCCCGAUAGCGAAGAAGGCAUAGCCCGCAAAGAGAGCGGUGCUGAACCUCUCGCCUGCGUACGGUGCGAGCAUCCUAUGUGCUCUGAGUGUCCAAGGGCACCUCCUGCUAGAGUCGAACCCGCACCAGAUCCUGAAGUAUUGAAAGCAGUACAGGCGAAGCUGGCUGCAUUAAGCGUCUCAAAUAUCGUGUCAUCUUGA